CUGCUGAUGCUCUCUGGCAUCGCAAUACUGUUCAGAUAAUAGGCCUUGUCGUAUUUAAUUUUAUUUCAUUAGCAUAUGCGGGAAUACAGCUUUAUCAACACGAAAUUCUCGAAGAUAAAGGAACUGACAAUGCAACAUACGUUCCGACUAAUCCCAUUUUCCCUAAAGGCGAUGAACAUAGAAAUGCUCCAAAAGAAUAUUAUGAAGCUAUAAUGCAACCAAUCGAACAUACUAUCAUUGGUCUAAUAUCUGCUUUUUCUGUAUAUAUGGUUUUCAUGUCUUUUUCUCUUUACAAAGAAUUUGGUUGGGAAAACUACAAAACUUAUUCUGCUGAUAUUCAGCUCCGCAACACACAUAUGUCCCUCACAAUUUUACAGACAUUGAUUAAAAUGGAUCUAUUUUUUAUUGGAUCAUACGCUUUACAACUCGUACCUUCUCGAACUAUUGGUUAUUCUUCCUAUUUCUUGUCUAUUAUGGAGGUUGUUCUU